CUAUGUAAGGUCGAUAGCAGUUCUCAAGUUUCUAGCAGCGGCACGUGUUUAUCGUGCUACUGCUGCCAGUAUGAUUUAACACACUUCUAAUAUAUUUCCUUUUCUAUUCUUUACGAUAUGAUUCGAAAGAUAUUGUUUCUUAUGAACCACUGUUAUCGUUAUUGUGCCUCCAUUAUCGUGUAACUGGAUCAUUGGACUCGCUGUUGGUGAACAUGUGACAGAGAGAGGGUCGGCGUCUGCAAAGAGUGGGGGACACCGUUUUUACUUAUCUUUGCAGUUUUUAUACCAUCUCAGUGCAAGAAAUCGGAAUCUCGACGUAGAGUUCUAACCGUAAACGAUACCAAGCUGUAAGAAAGUCAGAAUGAUCACGUGAAAUGGUUCAAUCGGCGGGCUUAUCUCUGACACCGAACGUCAUUCUAAAAUAAACAAUAAUCAUGAUGAGUGAGUUGAAUCGAAACGAGAAUACAAUACCCGACCAAAAAUGGAGAAAAUACUUCCGAUGGAUGGAGGAAGUGUCGGUGGAGCCAACGAUGUGGCUGUACAUGAUGGCAUUCAUGAUCACCUCUGUCGUGGAACAAGCUUUUUUCGUCUACAAAGCGUGUCGAGUCGAUCACGGUUAUUCAGAAGAAAUUUGCGCUAAUUUGAAGGAUAACGCGACGAUAAACACCAAAGUACAGGUAACAGUGUCAAGUUUCCAUCAAUGGAAUAACAUAGCAGGCCAUGUGGUCCCUAUAAUACUAGCUCUCUUUUUUGGAAACUGGAGCGAUCGACGUGGUCGAAAAUUGCCGCUAAUUAUUGGGCUACUAGGAAAGUUCAUCUAUUCUUUUAUGGUUGUAAUCAAUUCCAUAAUGGAUACAUGGGAUCUAAAUACUAUAGUAUAUACAGCGAGUCUUCCCAUGGGCAUGUUAGGAGGAGAUGUCGCUAUUUUUGGUUCCUGUUUUGCAUAUAUAUCAGACAUAUCAUCAGUUCAACAAAGAACCCUAAGGAUUACCAUUUUAGAUGUGGUGUACCUCAGCACUAUGCCUACUGGUGUGGCUCUGGGCUCUUAUCUUUACUCAGAUGUUGUCAAAUCAUCCUAUACCAUAAUGUUCAGCAUAAACGCCACUUUACUAGCUUUAGCCAUUUUGUACUCGCUGGUUAGACUAAAGUGGCAAACACUACCUCAGCAACAGUCACUAGCAGGUACUAAUUUGCUAACCGACUAUUUUGAUAAGAAACACGUGGUGGCAACUGUGAGGACAAUGACCAAGAACAGGACAAAUCAUGGAAGGCUUCACCUGUGGCUUCUGCUGAUCAUCAUGAUGCUAUAUACUUUCCAAAGAGACGAGAAACCUAUGAGUUUCUUGUAUACUCAAUUGAAAUUCAAGUGGGACGUGAGAAAAUUUAGCAAUUUCAGAACAUUCCAAUCAGCUACCUUUGUGAUAGCGAUGCUAAUCGGCGUGCCAGUAAUGAGCAAAAUGAUGGGAAUUAGGGAUACUAUUAUGGUAGCCAUUGGCGCUAUUGCUCAUGCUUCUGGAAGAGUAAUAUUCGUCUUAGCCGAGAUACCAGAAUUAUUCUAUGUUGGUGCUACUGUAGCUGCUCUUGGACCAAUAGUGGCACCAGUCCUGAGGUCAAUGACCUCGAAACUAGUUCCUGUGGACGAACGAGGGAAGGUAUUCGCAAUUUUAUCAGUUUGUGAUAAUGCAGUGCCUUUGUUCAGUGGCAUACUAUAUUCCCAGCUAUAUAAUGCAACCAUAGACUCAGCACCUAACUCAAUUUAUUGGCUGACCUUUGUCACUCAAGUGUCCAUUCUAAUUCUUAUUCUAAUAAUUCAGUUUUCUAUGAGGAAUAAAACACAUUUAGAACACAUGGAAUAUAUAGAUAAUGAAACUGACUGUUCAUCAAUACCUUCUAUUAUGAGUCAAAACACAAGGAGACGGACUUCGAGCGAAGAUAUAUGCGAUUGAAUCUUAGACAAAUCUAAUUUUAAUUUUCUUUUUAUUUUUUAAGAUAUAUAUAUGAUUAAUAGGCUGCUGAUUUCUAAUAGAAUAUAAUCAAAGAUAUGCAGUAUACAAAGAGAUAUUUGUAAAAUACUAGCGUAACAAAUUUCCUUAGAUUCAAACAUAUGGUGUGUACCGAUGAUUUGUAUAUUUUUUUUAACUGUAAAUUUCCAUUUUGUGUAAAUAUCCGCCGUCUAAUGAUUAAUAUUGUAUUAUUAAAGUCACAAAUUUUGUAUAGAAUAAUUUCUUCAGAUUCCAUUGAUGUAAACCAUAAGACCUAUAUUUCGUUAGCUGUGUUUAUAAAAAUGUAAAUAUGUUUAAGUAUCCAUAGUGUAAUGAUUAAUAUUUUAUUACUAGAUAUCUAUAGUCCAUACAUCACAAAUUACAUGUAUAAAAGAAGAAAACUUUAAUUAAUGAUGUAAAAACUUUUAAUUCACCAUGUUGAGAAAUUUCCUUAGAU